CUCACUUGACCCACAGUGUUUGUUGCAGAGGGAAUGUACACGCUUGCAGGUAACCCUGCCUCUCUGCUGCUUGCUGUGUUUCAGUCAUGAAGAAGCUUCACUUCAAAGACUUUUUCUGGUGUCCAGAUCUGACAUCCACCGCUGGCUAUGAUACCAUCAUUCAGUAUCUCAAUGAUGGAAAGAGAACAUGCAAAGAGGUGGAGGACUUCAUGAAAGCUAGGGCCUCGAUCGAAGAGAGGUACGCCAAAGACCUGCUUAGUUUGUCCAAGAAAGUUUGUGGACACAAUGAGAUGAACACAUUAAAAAGAUCCCUGGACGUGUUUAAACUACAGACUGAACAUGUUAGUCUAUCACACUUGCAACUGGCGCAGAGUAUGAGGGAAGAGGUCAAGAAACUGGAAGACUUCAAAGAAAAGCAAAAAGAAGCAAGGAAAAAAAUAGAACAACAGAUGGAUGCUCUCCACAAACAGAAGUCCUCACAGUUUAAGAAGACGAUGGAUUCCAAGAAAACGUAUGAGCAGAAGUGCCGUGACAAAGAAGAAGCGGAUCAGAACAUGAACCGAAACACUAACACCAACAACACCAAGCUUGUGGAGAAGCUCCAGUCAAAAGCUCAGCAGGCAAAACUGAACUCAGAAGAAGCAGACAGAUUAUACCAACAGAAUGUCAUAACUCUGGGGAAAAUUAGAGACGACUGGCUGAAGGAGCAUGCGAGCGCCUGUGAGAUAUUUGAAAAACAGUCGAUUGAGCGUAUUACCUUCCUGAGGAACACAGUGUGGACUCAUCUCAACCAGCUUUCACACCAAUGUGUCACCAGCGAUGAGCUGUACGAGGAUGUGAGAAGGUCACUGGAGCAAUGUGACGUCCAGGAAGAUAUCGAACAUUUUGUAAAUCUCAGAAGGACCGGAGACAAACCCCCAGCUCCAGUCGCGUAUGAGAACUUCUACACGGGCCUGAGGUCUCCAACCGGACCACCGCCUUCCCGGAUGCCUGCACCGGCUGUGAGAAGGGGACCACUUCCUGAUCCAACACAGAACAAUAGAGAUGAUGACUCGCGCCACUCUUUGGUGCAGGACGGAGAUUACAGCUUGAUCCAGUAUUAACACAUACACCUCCAGCAGUUUCAGACUUACCCGUUAUAGCCCAUCACUUCCCCUUUUUAGGCUUCCUGUAAUCACACGGUCAUAUCAGAUGGAAAAUUUGUGUCAUAACUAUGUGUACAGACUACGUUUCACUUUAGAUUUCUUCGUAUGUUGAAUGUAGUUUUAUGAAACGAAAUAAGUGGAAAUAGGUUUGAAGUUAAUAUAUAAAAUAAAUGUAUUGAUCGCAAUAAGCAUUCACGAUCAGUGUUUUACUUCACAGAAAAUCAUCAGACAAAUCUUUAGAUGAUAAUGCAAACUUAAUUGCAGUGUGAAUUCUGCAGGCAGGUUGGAUUAUAUGUUUAUGUUUAUAUUAACUGUACUUUGAUUUUAUUUUUAUUUUUGUGCAUUAACUUAAGACUUUCCCAGAUUUAAACAUGCCAUUUGUUUACCAGUUUUCGUUUCCUUGUUGAUGUGAAAGUGACUGACCGCUGUCUCGUGAGUGGCAAGAUUCUCAUGUUUUUAUUGUAAGGAAGAAAAAAAGUCCCAAUCAAAGUUAUUUAUUAACUUGAAGUUGUUACAUUUUUGCGAAUUGUUCAAGAUAAUGAAAAAAAAAAUCCUCUUUCAAAUCCAUAUUUAUAUAUAUGAUGUACAUAUAAAUUAUAUAAUAAAUAAUAUAGACCAUCAAUACUUUCAUUUGAAAUCUCAUGAAAACGAGUGAAAUUAUUGAAGCAAUGCCCUUUGAAUUUGUCGUUCUGCAGACAAAUCUGUAUUUUUAUUAAUGAUUCUGUUAAAUGAAGUUGAGUUUGAGACGGUGGAAAGA